GGCUCGUACACCGUGAAGCCAAACCAGUGGGUGCCCCCCACGGACGGCAGCCUCUCCCCGAAGCCGGCCCGCGGCACGCGGGGCCUGAACCCGUCGCAGGCGCACCAGUCGCCCCAGGUGACCCGGCUGAGCUUCUGGGAGGGGGACCAGUCGCACCCUUCGACCCUGAAGACGUCGCUGACGAAGCUGGCAGCGAGGCAGAGCCCUGUCGGCGCGGGCACGGCCCCAGGCGCGCCCGACGCCCCCGACGCGCCGGAGGCCAUGCCGAGCAUCGAGGCGUCGAGGAUGGAGGCGCUGGGAGCCACCUCCCCGGACUUUCGGUGGAAGAGGAACCGGGGCAUGGUGGCAAACUUGAACCCGCGAGGUGGCUUCCAGUUCAUGUGGGCGCAAGACAUACCCGGCGCCCGGCGGUAGCGAAGCAGGGCGCGCAGGGGGGGGGGCGAUACAUGGGGUGGCAGCGAGGGCUGCCGAAGAGGAGCCCUCGAGGGCUCCUCAAGGGCCCGAGGGGCGCCUUGAGGGCCCGGAGAAGGCACCUCUCUUUCCAAGACAUCCGACUCUGGAGCCAUCGCCCCCCGCCGGUUCGCGCCCAAGCGCGAGGCUGCCGUCGGCCUCGGGAGCGCACGCUCGCCCUCGGGGAGGGCGGGGUGGCUCCUCCGCCACGGCUGCGGCCGACGCCCCUGCACAACCGCGACGGGGGCACCGCAGGCCUCCUCUCGCGGGGCGCCGGCACGGCUGUCCGGUAAUGAUAGUUCGACCCUGGUUGCCUUCAAGGCCGCCGUCGGCAGCGGGUGCGCAGUCGCCCAGGAGGCCCACGUGGCAACGAGCGACCGGCCACUCGGCCAGCGCAUGGCGGGAGACUGCCGCCAGCCGCGUGGCCAGAUCGCCAGAAGUCUCUCGGAGGGCACCGUUGCCCUCUGGGCCGCCAGAGGCAUUUUUCGGCACGCCCGCCAGAGGCGGCGCGCGCGGCCCAUGGCCGCCGACAUCAUGGCUCUCCCGCUUCAACCAGAGCUCCAUCUGCGGCGGAGUCAGCCUGUCCGCUCGGGCCGUCCUGGCGAAGCCAGGAGGCGCCCGACCUCCUCCUCCUCCUCCUCCUCCUCCUCCUCCU